GCAAGGUCUUAUCAAAAUAUAAAAGUAUAUGGAUAAAAGAUGGAUCACCAUUAUGUGUUCAUACUCAUAAUCAGUGUUUAGCUUUAAAGAAGAUUCUAAACGAAAAGUACAAUAACAAAGUUGUCAUUAGUUAUGGUAUGAGAUAUGGAGAAAGGUCCAUAAAAAAAGGUUUAGAAUAUCUACAAAAAGAAAACAUAAAUAAACUUUUAGUCCUGCCAUUAUAUCCACAAUCAGCAGAAUGUACUGUUUCUUCAACUUUAGAUUGUAUAGGUAAAAAUUUAAAAAAUUGGAGUAAUGUACCUGAGCUCAGAUUUAUAUCUGGAUAUUGUUUGAAUGAUAUUUUUAUAAAUACAAUGAAAGAAAAUAUUGAAAAUUAUUGGGAACUUUAUGGUAAAAGUAAAAAGUUAAUUAUUUCGUAUCAUAGUUUACCUAUAAGAAAUGUUAUUCAAGGAGAUUUAUACCCUUUCUUUUGUAUUGAAAGUACAAAAAAAUUAGUGAAGUCAUUAAAUCUUAAUAAAGAUGAUUAUAUAUUAGUCUUUCAAUCAAACAUUAAAGGACAACAAUGGGUAAAACCAUGUAUUGAAGAUACCAUAAUAAGGCUAGCUAAACAAGGAUAUAAACAAAUAGAUAUUGUUAGCCCAUCUUUCUCUUCAGAUUGUUUAGAAACAUUAGAAGAAAUAAAAAUACAUUAUCAACAAUUAUUUCGUAAAUAUUCAAAUGGAAAUUUAAGAUAUAUAAAUUGUUUGAAUGAUACAACAAUUGGCAUAAAACUAAUAAUGAAUCUUAUAGAACAAAAUAUAAUAGGAUGGGUGUAA